AUGGCGUCCGAUGAACUGAUCAGCGCCAUUUUGGACGCCCUGUCCGCGUCCCAGGCGCCCAUUUUCUCCAACGAAGCCUUCCCCUCCAACCCCUCAUUGACCGUCAAAAGUGCGCUAGACCGCCUGGCGUCGCGGGAAAUGGUCGCAUAUGAGACCAUCGACAAAGAACUUGUUUUGCUCACCUCCGAGGGUGAGGAGAUUGCUGCCAAUGGCAGUCACGAGGCCAAGGUCUUCGCCGCGGUCGUCGCCGCUCUAGAUGGCUUGAAGAUUAAAGACCUACCCGACAUUGUGGGGAAGGAUAACGCCAAAGUCGGCCAGGGCAAUGCAUUCAAGCGUGGCUGGAUUAAGAAAGACAAUGACUUGUUGCGAGCAACCACCGACUCCAUUGUUGACGAGACCCGCGAACUGCUGCUCACCGUGCAGCGAACCAAGACCCUCGGCGAUGCAAAGGCCGUGGCGGACCUCAAGCGGAGGAAGCUGAUCACCCUGUCUAAGGAAUUCACUUUCAAGAUCUCCAAGGGCCCCAAGUUUGCCCCGAAGUUCGUCAAGGAGGAGACUGAUCUCACGCCUGAAAUGAUCGCCAGCGGUUCAUGGAAGACCGUCCAGCUGAAGCCCUACAACUUCAAUGCCAAGGGUGCCCCAACACCGUCUGGCGCCCUGCACCCUCUCAACAAGGUGCGCCAGGAGUUCCGCAACAUCUUCUUUGAGAUGGGCUUUGAGGAAAUGCCCACCAACCGCUUCGUCGAGACCGGCUUCUGGAACUUCGACGCCCUCUUCGUGCCACAGCAACACCCCGCUCGUGACCUCCAAGAUACCUUCUACAUCGCCGACCCUCUUAAGGCUGACCCGCCGCGUGAGGAUCCUCUCAAUGACCCGCACCGCCCCAAAGCCGCCCAGCCCGCCUCGAAAGCGACUAAAGAUAAGCCGCUUGACUACCAGCAAUAUUGGAAGAAUGUGCACGAGGUGCACGAGAAGGGCAAGUUUGGCUCUAUCGGCUACCGUUACCCCUGGAAUGCGGACGAGUCGCUGCGCCUGGUUCUUCGCACGCAUACCACCUCUAUCUCCGCAUAUGUGCUGCACAAGCUGGCCGCCGACCCACGGCCAGCCCGAUUCUUCAGUAUCGACCGGGUCUUCCGAAACGAGGCCGUCGACGCUACUCACUUGGCAGAAUUUCACCAGGUUGAGGGUGUCAUCGCCGAUUUCGGCCUGACUCUGGGUGGUCUGAUUGGCUUCAUGGAAGUGUUCUUCGCCAAGAUGGGCAUUCACCAGCUCCGCUUCAAGCCCGCGUACAACCCCUACACCGAGCCCAGUAUGGAAAUCUUCGGAUACCAUGGUGGCCUCGGCAAGUGGGUGGAGAUUGGUAACAGUGGUAUGUUCCGGCCUGAGAUGCUGGAGUCGAUGGGUAUUCCCAAGGAUAUGCGAGUUUACGGCUGGGGAUUGAGUCUGGAGAGGCCGACUAUGAUCAAGUACGGCGUGAGCAACAUCCGUGAGCUCCUCGGCCACAAAGUCGACCUGAACUUCAUCGAGUCCAACCCGGCUGUUCGUCUGGAGAAAUAG